AUGAGGGUGUUCAGCAGGCGCCAUAUGCCCCUACGCCUGGCCAUAGUGGGCAGCACCUUUGUGCUUUUCAUCUGCAUCCUGAACAGGGAUGUAAGCAGCAGGGAGCGAGCCACAGAGAAGCCCUGGCUCACUUCUUUGGUGAACCAGGAGAAUCAUGCCCUGGACCUCUUGCACCUGAAGGAAUUGAAACCCAAACUUCAGAUCAGGGCUCCAGAGCCUCAGGACACCAUCAAUCAUUCCUGUGUCCCCGGAUUCUACAGCCAAGAUGAGCUGAAACCUCUGUGGGAACGGCCACCCCAGGAUCCUGACAGCCCCGGGGCAGAUGGAAAAGCAUUUCUCAAGACCAAAUGGACCCUCCAGGAGACCCAGGAAAAGGAAAGGGGGUACAAGAAACAUUGCUUCAAUACUUUUGCUAGUGACCGCAUCUCCCUGCACAGAGCCCUGGGCCCAGACACUCGACCCCCUGAAUGUGUCAAACAGAAAUUCAAUCGCUGUCCCCCACUGCCCACCACCAGCAUUAUCAUUGUGUUCCAUAAUGAGGCCUGGUCCACACUGCUGCGGACAGUGUACAGUGUGCUGCAUACCUCCCCCGCCAGCCUGCUGAAGGAGAUCAUCCUAGUGGAUGAUGCCAGCACAGAGGAGAACUUAAAAGAGCCGCUGGAGCAGUACGUGAAGCCUCUGAAGGUGGUGCGUGUGGUGCGGCAGGAGGAACGCAAGGGCUUGAUCACUGCCCGGCUGCUGGGGGCCAAGGUGGCACAGGCCGAGGUGCUCACCUUCCUGGAUGCCCACUGUGAGUGUUUCUACGGCUGGCUAGAGCCCCUCCUGGCUCGCAUUGCUGAAGAUGAGACCACGGUGGUGAGCCCGGACAUCGUCACCAUCAACCUUAACACAUUCCAGUUCACACGGCCUGUCCAGAAGAUCAAAGUGCACAACCGUGGCAUUUUUGACUGGAGUCUGACCUUUGGCUGGGAGAUUAUACCCCGACUCGAGGCUCAGAGGCGCAAGGAUGAGACCUACCCCAUCAAAUCUCCAACAUUUGCUGGUGGCCUCUUUUCCAUCUCCAAGUCCUACUUUGAGCACAUCGGUACCUAUGAUAAUCAGAUGGAGAUCUGGGGAGGGGAGAACGUGGAAAUGUCCUUCCGGGUAUGGCAAUGCGGAGGUCAGCUGGAAAUCAUCCCUUGUUCUGUCGUUGGACACGUGUUCCGGACGAAGAGCCCCCACAUCUUCCCCAAGGGCAUCAGUGUCAUUGCUCGGAACCAGGUGCGCCUGGCUGAGGUCUGGAUGGACAACUACAAGGAGAUUUUCUACCGGAGAAACCAGCUGGCUGGAAAAAUAGCCAGAGAGAAAUUAUUUGGCGACAUCUCAGAACGACUACAGCUGAAGGAAAAACUCCAUUGUCGAAACUUUUCCUGGUACCUGAAUAACAUCUACCCGGAGAUCUUUGUUCCUGACUUGAGGCCCACUCAUUUUGGAUCUAUCAAGAACCUGAAACUCAACAAAUGCCUGGAUGUGGGGGAGAACAACAAGGGAAAUAAGCCCCUCAUCAUGUAUACCUGCCAUGGCUUCGGUGGCAACCAGUACUUCGAGUACACAACCCAAAGGGAAAUUCGCCAUAACAUUGCCAAGCAGCUGUGUCUACAUGUCAGUGCGGGCACCCUGUACCUUCGCAAGUGUCACUUCACUGGCAGAAACAGCCAUGUGCCCAAGGCUGAGGAGUGGGAACUGACCCAGGGCCAACUCUUCAGGAAUUCAGGAUCUGGUACCUGCCUGACAUCUAAGAACAAAACCCCUGCCAUGGCCACCUGCAAUUCCAGUGACCCUCACCAGCACUGGAUCUUCAACUAG